CGCGGGCCCUCCGCCUCCCCCGCGUCCUGAGUAGGCGCCAGGCGUCGGGAACUGACCGUGGUGCUGAGCGCGCAGCUCGGUAUCGGGCGUGGCUCCCAGACCUGCCAAGACCGCAUACCGCGACACUCCCGGCCUCAGCGCAGCAGAGACACUGCAGCAUGGAGCUGAAGAGAGGAAAGACCUUCAUCAAAUCUAGCCUGCAGAUUGACCAUGAGAAACCUCCAGACCCAGCAACGACUGCCCUGACCACAGAGGAUGCAAUCUCACUGGGAGGGCAGCAGCUACCCCACAGUGAGAGGGGCCCCCAGGUCAGUCCCAGCACCCAAGGAUACAACAGAUGCUCUGAUUGGGAAGCCCAGCCAGACACCAGUGGAGGGCCUGCAGCUCUCUGUGGGGCCACCUUCAAACUGGCUCGGAAGAGCAAGAAUCACGACAUUGUGCCCAGGGCUGACAGGGCAGCCACGGCUACAGGGCAGUUGGUGGGCAGUGCAAGUUUCCCAGGGCCCCCCAGCAGCCAGCGCAUGAUUGACUACCGCCACUUUGUGCCCCAGAUGCCCUUCGUACCAGCUGUGGCCAAGAGCAUGCCAAGGAAGAGGAUUUCCCUGAAACGACCCAAGAAGUGCUUUCGUAACCUAUUCCACAUCCGCAGAAACAAGACUGAGAAUUUGCCCUCACGGGCAACCGAGGGGCAGGGCUUGUCUUCUCCCAAGGGCCCAUCAGAGACUGGAGGGCAGCAAGGCAUAGCCUUCCUCCCCUUGGGCGAGGAACUGGGACUGGAUGGCCAGUGCCAGGACCUGUCUGACAGUGAGUUCCUGCCCGACUCUUCCUUUGACCUCUGCAGGGCCCUGUGUGAGGACGUGGCCUCGCUGAAGAGCUUUGACUCACUCACAGGCUGUGGGGAGAUCUUUGCAGAUGAGAGCUCAGUGCCAUCCCUGGAGCUGAACGAGGGCCUGGCAAGCCCUGCCCAGAGAUCACAGACCUCUGACAGCAAGACUCCCAGGGGCCCCUUCCAAGGCAGCAUAGAGCAGCUGGCAUCGCCAGCUCAGAAUGAGAUGUCUGACUUUGCCAAGUUCUGGGACCAUGUGAAUCACUCGGUGAGGCAGCAGCAGCACGCCCUGCUAGGCCCGAGGCUGGGAGGCCCCCAGGUGUCAGAAACAGCUCAGCCCAGGCCAGAUGCAGCUGGGCUGGCUGAGCUCCCCCUGUGCCCAUGCAGGGAUCCCCACAGCAGCUCUAAAGCCAGCUCCGUGGACACAGGAACCCCCAAGAGUGAGCGGCCGGAGUCUGUGUCCACGAGCGAUGAGGGCUACUAUGACUCCUUCUCACCAGGCCUCGAGGAGGAUAAGAAGGAGGCCCCAAGCCCAGGCACACCCACAGCCACCUUCCCCCGGGACAGCUACAGUGGAGACGCCCUCUAUGAGCUCUUCUAUGACCCCGCUGAGGGCCCUGGGAGUCCGAGCCUGGAUGAUGACUUGUGCGUGUCUGAGAGUCUAUCGGGGCCUGCAGUGGGAGCCCCCUUGUCCAUGUGCAGCUUCCGUGUUGGGGCAGAGGAGAACCUGGCUCCCGUUCCAGGCCCAGACCUGCUCAACCAGGGCUUCUUGCAGAGCUCUUGGAGGGGCAGAGAGUGCCUGCUGAAGCUCUGUGACACCGAACUGGCCAUCACCAUGGGCAUCAUCAACUGGCUCCGCCGGGGCCCGGAGCUCCGCGCCGUGCCUGCCUCAGCUCUCAGAGAGCCGACAGCUCCCUCGGGAGGACUGGUGGAGAAACCAGGAGCUGGCUCUGAGAAGAUGGGCCUAGGUCCAGUGAAACUGGAUGGCAGGGGGACCCAGGCUUUAGAUGCAGGUAGGAUCUCUACGAGCUCUGCACCCAACAGGAAGGAGCUGUGGGCAUGUUCAAGUCCCAAGGGCCUGCUUGCCGGAGUGAGCAAGGUCCUAGCCGGGGCCACACAGGAGACCAGGUCUUCAUCCUGUGAUCCCUCUCUGGAGUGUGUGCAGGUCUCUGGGGAACAAGGGACACCAGGCCACCCUGAAGGCUCUUUCUCCUCUGUAGGGUCUGAAGCCACCAUGGCAACCAACACAUCCAGGAAAAACAAGGUCCCAAACCCAUCUGUCUGGCCUGGCUCCCAGGAGCCCAGGCUGCCUAGGAACCUUGGGUGUUUCCAAGGUCCCUGGAGGCCAGGUCCUGGGGGAAGCACCAUGGAUUCAAAACUCACCCUGACAGACUGUGUGGCCCAGGUGGAAGCCCUACAGAUCAACCCAGACUGCCAGUCCCCUGCUGCUCAGCCCCCAAGACAAAACACAGGUAGUGGGCUCUGCGGGAAGCCUCAGGCUGGGGGCCCUGACGUUCUGCAACAGAAACAGCCUAAUGGCUUCCCUAACCUGGCUGCCAUCUGUAGCCUGCCCUCCCUGGCCAACCCACUCCACAUCCCACAGGACCAGAGAUGCCCAGGCAGCAUUCUGGACCUGAGUCAGCUCAGGGAGGAGCCCGCCACGCUGAAUGCCCAGGCCCAUGUGUCUAUGGAGGGCCGGCCCCUGCAGUUCAACUCAAGGGCUAUGGAGCAGGCUGCACAGAGGGGCCAGCUGGACUUGUAGCGUGCCUCUGCCUGGGAUCACUUGCCAGGAAUCUGGCCCUCACUUCCAACAGCUAGUGAGAGGGGACCUCCCUCUGCAAGUGCCCAGAAACCCACUGCAGCUUUUUGGAUCACAAGGGAUCCUCUGCAACCAGCAGGAAGUAGGGGCUACCAGGACAGCACAACUGAGCCCCAGCUUUGAAACAGUUUUGCAUCCUUGGGAUCACAUUCAGGAGAGUCUAAGACCUAAAUCUCCAUCCUUUGUUCCUGAUGUGAGGACUGGAGGACCAUACUGGGGGGAAGGGAGUGUCAGUAUUCAGUCAGGCAGAGUGGGGCAUUUUAACAUGGAGACAUCCGUGCCUAAACCCAACAGCUCUGCCAGAAGCGGUCCUGGGAAGCCCAAGGUCAAGGCCAACUGCAAAGCUGCCAGUGCUCGCAAGAUGUUCCUCACUGAUUUCCUCACACACACACACAAAUGAACUGUCUAAACCCAGGUGUCUAAACAUACCUUUGGCCACUUACCAUACAGUAUGUUGGAGAGAGGAACUCGGGCUUGAAACUUUCGGGGAUGGAAACAGUACAUAUUGUAAAGGGCGCAUAUUGUGUGGAUAAGUCUGAAAAAGAAUUGAGAGUAAUAAAUGUGAGUGAGGA